GCAGAAACGUCCUACAGUUUGUAAAAACCUACAAUGUUUUGUCUUUUUUCAAUUUUGAAGAGUCGAGUUUAAAUUCACUACUAUACUACAGAUCCUCUGCCUAAACAUCAAGAUCAUGUCCUGUCACCAAGGCUGACCGAUUUCUUCUGGUGUUCAGAGUCUUUAGGGGUUUCUAGCACCAUUUGAAAUCGGUUACAAUGAAGGACAGAAUCCAGCGUUUGAAGCAGAGACAUGAACCUUUCUGCUGCCGCCUACUUAGAAGAAGAGAUUUUUAUGCGAAGUGUUUCUACCGUGACCUUUGGGAGCCGCCAGGAGAGGAAGAUAUUUCCAACUCACAGUGCACCAAAUCGCAUGGGGAAUGAGAUGCUCACAUUGCAGAGUUCACCCACGCCUGGCCCUGGCUGCUAUGACAACCAUGUGGUGGGUACGAUUGUUUAUAAUCUCGAAAGAAGACCGGAGAGUAAGAAAGGCUAUACUUUUGCAGCCCGCACUGCUCCUCGCUUCCUCCCCUCUUUCCAGACUGUCACUCCAUCACCUCAGCAUUACCAGCAGGACUGGAGUGUGUCACAAAUGUGUUGUUCUGAAAUAAAAACACCAUUUAACUCCACCACACCGAGGUUUAUAGCCCAGUCUGCUAGAGUCAGCUGCAACCCUGGACCUGGUACGUACAUGCUUGAUGGCCCAGGAAGUAAGAGGGUAUCAUGGCCGAUGAAGUUUGGCUCCCCAGACUGGUCCAGAGUGCCCACGCUUGAAAGAAAAGCACUUCGAACAGAGCUCCCACGUGACACGGCGUUCCAGAAACAUCGCAGCAGACUGGCAUAUCUACGCUUGUAUUACCCCUAAAUUUGCUUGAGCAAGUUAAUUGUCCAAAUCUGAGUUGGGAUCUGAGCACAUUGAAUAUUUCAAUCAGAUACUGGCAUUUGUCAUACUGUAUGCUGUUCUUGUGUAUAUACAUUGCUGUAUCAAUUGCUUUUAUCCAUAAAACUGGAAAGGGUUUUUUUCUUGUUGCCAUACAAAUAAUUAAAGAAAUAAACUCUGAAGUUUAUGCUUUAUUAAAUUUGGUAUGGCCUGCCAACAAAAACUAUUUUAGAAACUGUAUUGCCACAAAUCACCAUUUGUAAUUUAAGAUGCAGACACAUUUCUGCAUAUUUUAUAUAAUUUAUGUAAUUUUCUUUUGAGUAUUGUUUUUGGUGUAUUCCUUAAACACAGCAGCCCUCUGUUGUCAGGAAAGUGAAUUGCAUUGAAAUUACAAUAAUUUCCUUUCCCUCCUCCAAACCACCAUUAAAUCAGUUCUCUCUGGAAGUGA